ACUGGGGGAAACAUUUGCCGACCAAAGCAGAUGCAGACCCCUUGGUUUCAGUGUCCGUGAAUGCUGCGUUGUAGUUUCAACUUUACCUCAGCCUGACAACAGAAGGGACCAUGUCUAACUUUGGCUACAGGCGAGAGCUUAGUAAAUAUGAAGACCUCGAUGAAGAUGAGCUCCUUGCUUCUCUUACUGAUGAGGAGCUGAAGGAGCUGGAGAAAGAGUUGGAGGAUAUCGAGCCUGACCGGAACCUUCCUGUGGGGCACAGGCAAAAGAGUCUAACGGAGAAAACUCCCACAGGAACUUUUAGCCGGGAGGCACUGAUGGCCUACUGGGAAAGGGAGACCAAGAAGCUUCUUGAAAAAGAGAGGAUGGGGGCAUGUGAGCAGGAUUAUAAGCAAGAAGAAGAAGAAGAAGAAGGAGAAGAAGAAGAAGGAAGAGGAGAAGGAGAAGAAGAAGAAGUAGAAGAAGAGGAAGAUGGUGACGGGUCAGAAGAAAUUAAAGAAGAAUAUUUCACAGGAAGUAACAGUGGAAUUUCUGAAGAGGUGCACGAUGAAGAAGAUGAAGAGGAGGACAGAGAGGAUGAAAACAAAGAGGAUGAGAAAAUCAAUGAAGAUGAUGAAGGGGAGGAAGAGGAGGAAGAGGAGGAAGAGGAUGACAGAGGAGAAGUAAGUAGCACAGAUGAUGAAGAGGAAUCUGUUGAAGAGUGUGAAAAUUUUACAGAUACUGAAAAGCAAAAUUCGCUCACCAUUAAACUAAAAAACCAUAAUAAAAAUGAAAAUGAAAUUGUUAGCAAUGGUCACAGUGAAAAAGAAGCAGAUUUGAGCUACAGAAUGGGAGCCAUGCAUCCAUGUGGAAAUCCAACUGUGAUUGAAGAUGCAUUAGAAAAAGUUAGUAGCAAUGAUCCCGACACUACCGAGGUCAACUUAAACAAUAUUGAAAAUAUCACACCACAGAUGCUUAUACAUUUUUCUCAGGCCCUCAGGAAUAACACCAUAGUCAAGACUUUUAAUCUGGCUAACACUCAUGCAGAUGACAACGUUGCAAUGGCUAUUGCAGGUAUGCUAAAAGUGAAUCAACAUAUUGUGAGUCUGAAUCUAGAUUCCAAUUUUAUCACAGGCAAAGGAAUUAUAGCUAUCAUGAGGGCUUUGCAGAACAACAAAAUUUUAACAGAAUUACGUUUCCACAACCAAAGGCACAUAAUGGGCAGUCAGGCUGAAAUGGACAUGGUUAAACUUCUAAGGGACAAUACUACUAUUGUGAAACUAGGCUAUCACUUUGAGCUUGCUGGACCAAGAAUGAGUAUGACAAGCAUUCUGACAAGAAAUAUGGAUAAACAAAGGCAGAAACGGAUGCAGGAACAGAGACAGCAAGAGGCCAGUUUGGAUGGAGCAGUCAAUCCAAAGACCAAAGCAUUGCAGAGGGGAACUCCUGGUUCUUCACCAUAUUCAUCUCCUAGAAGUUCACCUUGGUCCUCUCCAAAGAUUUCUAAGAAAGUUUCAGCUUCUCAAAACCAACUUUCACCUCCCAAAAUUUCACCUAUACCUUCUCCAAAGAUUUCAAAGAAAGCUACUCCUGUUAAAAACCCAGCUCUGUCCCCACCACAAUCACCACCUCCACCACCACCACCAACAGUACCACCUCCACCACCACCACCACCUCCUCCUCCUCCCACUCUUCUUCUACCACCACCUCCUCCUCCUCCUCCUCAAAUAGUUUUAGAGAAAAAAGCACCCACCAGGAAUAUUGCUGAAGUUAUAAAACAGCAGGAAAAUGCCAAAAAGGGUCUACAAAAUAAUCAGAAGAAGAAAAAAAGCAAGAAAAAUAAACAAUGUGAGAAUGCAAUAUUAAAAGAAAUUAAAAAUUCGUUAAAAUCUGUCCCAGACAAUGUGUCAGAAGGAGGGUCACGUCCUUCUACCCGACCUUCUACCCCAGUAAGAUCACUCCACAGUGAUCUUAUGGAGGCAAUUCGUGGAAGUAGCAUGAAGCAGCUAAAGCGGGUGGAAAUCCCAGAAGCUCUGCGAUAAAAGAAAGCCAACACAAUGAAAUGAAGAUCUAUACACACACUGAAAGAGAGGUAUUCAAUUAUCCUGCAGUGAUACAAUGGACUAAUGUAAAUGGCUUCAAAAGUGCAUUCUUAGAUUUGAGAUAUAAAUAGAAAAUGUCUAUGAAACUUCAAGCAAUACUUUUAAGAAUGCAACAGUGUUUUGUUUCAUUUGUAAAUACGGAGAGUAUUUUUUUUUAAUUUAAUAAGAUUUCUAAGAAGACAUAAUUCAUUUAGUUAUUUACGUUGAUAUCAAUUAGCACUUCGUAGAACAAGUCCUUUCUACAGAAAAGCAGCUGUUCAGUUCCCUGUCUUUCUUUGCCUGCAUCAUACAUUUACAAUAAAUGUGGUUUGAGUUUCCAAGUGGAAAAAAACAAACAAACAA